AUACAUACACACUUCCCAACUCCCAAGAAAAGGAAAAAAAAGAAGAGAAAAAGUUCAAGAAUCAAUAGCUCUUGUUAAUAUUGUACAAAUUCAAGAAUCUUGAGUUAUUUUUUCCUCCUCAUCCUCUUCAACAUUUUCUUCCAAGACUCUUUUUUUCUUUUCUUUUAGGUUCUUGCCCUUUUUGUUUUAGAUCCCAAAAAAACACUUUUUUUUACUUCUCCAUGUCUGAUAAUAACCCUUUUCAUCAUGAUUAUGCAUUUCCUUUCUUUGGUGAAAAUCCCUCAAUUUAUGAUAAUCAAGCCAAUAACACACAAAACCCUCAUCAAGAUUUUGAUUAUCCUUCAUCUUAUAUGAGUAGUCUCACAGAGUGUUUACAUGGGGGUUCAAUGGAUCAUUACAACUCUUUAUCAAGUGCUUUUGGGAUGAAUAAUUGUUCAUCAUCCUCUGAAGUUGUUUGUCCACCAACAAUAGAUCAUCAUCAUCGUCAAGAAUCUUCUAGAAAAAAUAGUGUUGAUCAUCAAAUUCCAUUGACACCUAAUUCAUUUAUCUCUUCAUCUUCUAAUAGUGAAGUUGGUGGAUGUCACGAAGAAGAUUCUUCAAAAAUCAAGAAAGAUGAUGAUCAGUGUGAAGAUGGAGAUGAUGAUAAGUCUAAGAAAGUGGGCAAAUUGGCAAAGAAGAAAGGAGAAAAGAAACAAAAGGAACCAAGAUUUGCAUUUAUGACCAAGAGUGAGAUUGAUAAUCUUGACGAUGGCUAUAGAUGGAGGAAAUAUGGACAGAAGGCAGUGAAGAACAGUCCUUUUCCAAGGAGUUAUUAUAGGUGCACAAGUCAAAAGUGCAGUGUGAAGAAACGUGUGGAAAGAUCAUAUGAAGACCCAUCAAUCGUGAUCACUACAUAUGAAGGCCAACAUAACCAUCAUUGUCCAGCAACCCUUAGAGGAAAUGCUGCUGCUGCUUUAUUAUCUCCAUCCUUUUUAUCCUCUUCACAACAACAAUUAUUUCAUAAUCCAAAUGAACAACAACUCUUCUAUAAUCCAAAUAUCCCUAUUAAUAAUUCCUUCUAUAAUAAUUAUCAUCAACAUCAGCCUCAAUUAGGUCCUGAUUAUCAAUAUGGACUAUUUCAAGAGAUGGUUGCAUCAUUGAUCCACAAAAGAGAGCCAUGAGCAUUUAGUGAAGUACCAAAAGAAGUAUGGGACAUUUAAUGCAAUUCUAUGACUUAUGUAUUGGAGUGGUAUUUAAUUAAUUAUGAUGGUGUUUAAUGUUAUUCUUGUGUAAUUAAAAUUGUCUAGCUAAUUAGAACUAUAUAUAGUCUAGUAUCUUACGUAUUAGUCUUGGAGCAAUGAUAAAAUUAUCUCCGUGUGAUUGAUCUCUAUAUG